CAACAACUGUCAGCAUCUCCAAAAGGUUGACUUUGGUGACAAUCUUAAGAGUUAACCAUUAAUAUUACCAUCGAAUUUUGCAGAGUUCUUGGAUUUUGCUUGGAUCAUUUACCAUUAUGGCAGACAGUGACUAAACCCUCUUAAAAGUCUUACCCUCUUUCUCUCUACCCUCGAUUUCUAGUAUUUGCGUUGAGGUGUGUGAGGAGCUUCAGCAGAGCGUGUCUGAAGCUGAAAACCAUGAAGCAAAGCUUUCUUUUUAUUGCUCUUCUUCUCUUCUUUCUAAUUCUAAUUUCCUCUUCUCAUUUAUCCGCUCGUUUCUUGGAAAACAAACAAGGAAAAGAAGAGGUAGAGCUUAGUCAAGUUACAGAUAGGGAGGACUUUGAACUAAUGAAUCAACUAAUGGGGGUGGAAGAUUGUGAUGUAGGAGAUGAUGGGUGCUUGAAGAGAAGAUCCAUCUCAGAGGCUCAUUUGGACUACAUUUACACCCAGCAUCGAAAGCCUUGAGACAUUCCGUAUACUAAGGAUUUGUGGAAGUUGGUAUUUUUAACUUACAAUUAAGCUCUUGUUACCUUUUUCAUAGUACGAGUGGAAUAGGCUUUUUCUUCUUUUCCCUGUUGAUGAUCCUAAAUAUUAGCACAAACUUAGUUGUUAUAUCUGUACCUUUUGUUUUAUCAUUCCUCAUCUUUGAGUUUGGGUUUUUGGGUAUUGAAUUUAAUAUGUUCAAAUUUCUCUCAAA